AUGAUAUCUCCUCCCGUUGCUAUCUUUGGCCGUAACUAUCGAACAUUGUGGAGGAUGAGGGAAGGUCGGUCAAGAUCUUUCGAAAUCACCGUGAAUGGAAAUCUAAUUUUUUCAAAACUAAAGUGUGGUAGUUUUCCUUCAAUAGAAGCCAUCAUUUCUGAAUUGAUUAACAUUGAGAAUGGUGAAACACCUCGUGAAAUCAUUAAUUCUUUUUUUAUUUUAUAA